CAACUCUCCCCAACGCCUGAUCCAAUGGAUACCCGCGAGGCCACAAUACAAUCAGCUAUUCACGAUUUUAAUGCAGGCAUUUAUUUAAGCCAAAGAGCUGCUGCUAAAGCCUAUGGCCUACCUCGAUCUACACUCCAGGGACGAUUGCAGGGCGCAACAGACAGCGCAACUAGCCAUCAACACCAGCAGCGGCUGACUCCUCAGCAGGAAGAGUUCUUAGUUGAAUGGAUCCUUGAAGAAGACGCACGCGUUUGCCCUCCCUCCCACGCUCGCACACGAGAAAUGGCGAAUCGAAUCUUACGAAUGAAUGGCGACGAUCAGCCAGUAGCAAGCUCUGGCUCUCACACUUUAUCCGCCGACAGCCACGCGUCGCUUCAGUUAUAGGCAAAAGGCUUGAAGCUCAGAGAGCUCAGGCAGCUACUCCAGAGCAGAUUCAUGCCUUUCUUGAGCUAUUUGAAAGGACUCGAAUUCGACUCAAUAUACGCACAGAGGAUAUAUGGAAUAUAGAUGAGACAGGGAUUGCUCUAGGAGUAUGUACUAAUACAAGAGUACUCUCUAGUAGUAAGAAUAAGAAGAAAGCUUAUAUUCAAUCUCCAGAGAAUCGCGAGUGGGUCUCAAUAAUCGAGUGUAUAUCAGCAGUAGGGCAGAAGCUGCGCUGUGGAGUGAUGUAUAAGGGCAAGAGCUUACAAAGCACCUGGUUCCUAGCUAACCUAGUGCCUAAAUGGCUCUAUACAACCUCUCAGAAUGGGUGGACAUCAGAUGAGAUUGGAGCUGAGUGGCUACGUCGAAUAUAUAUACCUGAAUCAGCACCAGGGCUGAAUCAGUAUCGC